AUGGAGCCAGUGACUCCUCAUGCGGUGACGGCUCUGUGGUCUGAUAACAGCAGCCUGUCAGAGGCUCUCGUGUCCGUGGAGUUCAUUACUGUCAGAACCAUUGUCCCACCAUACAUCAUCACUGUGUCUGUGCUGGGUCUCGCCUUGAACGCCUUCGUGCUGUGUGUAUUCCUCGCUAACAAGGACCGCAUGACAGUGGCCGAGGUCUACCUGGGCAACCUGGCUCUGGCUGACUUCGCCCUCCUGUGCGGCGUCCCCUUCUGGGCUGCCAACAUCCUUAACGGCUUCAACUGGCUGUACGGUGAUGCCUUGUGCAAGAUGGUCAACAGCAUCAUGACGGUGAACCUCUACACCAGCGUCUACACCCUGGUUAUGAUCAGCGUGGAUCGCUACUUGGCCAUUGUGAUGACCAUGAAGGCGAGAUGGUUGCGACGGACACGGUACGCUAAGGUCACUUGUGUGUUCCUCUGGAUUUUUGGCCUCUCGCUCAGUACGCCGACCAUGCUGCACAGAAAGGUGAUGUACUUUGAAGAAGUACAGUUGACUGCUUGCAUGUUGGACUACAGCCACGGUAGCUCGUGGAAGUUAGCCAACCAAGUUCUGCUGAAUGUCAUCGGCUUUGUCGUCCCUGCACUGGUGAUUGUUUUCAGCAGCGGAUCUAUCGUCAAGGCUUUGAGACAGAGAAAGGAGAGCGUCGGUCUUCAAGAAGUUGACGACACAAAGACAACAGUGCUGUUGUAUGCUGUCACUCUACUGUUCAUCCUGUGCUGGGGACCAUUCCAGGUCUUCACCUUCCUUGAUACCCUCUAUGACAUUCAUAUGCUGGACACCAAAGCAUGGUCUCACACGCUGGACGUCGGUGGCCAGGUCUCGGCUUAUCUCGGAAUCCUCAACAGCGCCCUAAACCCUGUGCUCUACGUCCUCUCUGGGCAAUACUUCAGAAAAAAAGUUAAUGCCAUCCUAAGGAGGGCUUUGGGUAAUCGCAGAGGUUCAGACAUGACAACCUAUCAGCGGUCCGUCGUGUCUACUUACAUUCAUAGACAUGAGCAAAUAAAGCCUGUUGUCAUUUAG